AUGGCAUCCAUCGCUCCAAUCUUGGAGGGCUUCACUCCAAAGACUUCUUCCAGUGAAAACACUAGUCAAAUCCAUUUACCUCCUCCAGCUGUUGAAACGUCAAGCGCCACUGGUGGUAGUACCAGAAGCUCCAGAAAAAGCUCACACUCCAUCUCAAAACCUCAACUUCCAAAGAUUGGAAAGAUUGGUGUAUGUGCUAUGGAUACAAAAGUUUUAAGUAAACCGUGCAGACAGAUUUUAAACAGGUUGAUUGAAAAUGGGGAAUUUGAAACUGUCAUCUUUGGUGAUAAAGUUAUUCUGGAUGAAUCUAUAGAAAAUUGGCCAACAUGUGACUUCUUGAUUAGUUUUUUCUCCACAGGGUUCCCAUUAGAUAAGGCCAUUGCCUAUGUCAAACUACGUAAACCAUAUAUAAUCAAUGAUCUGGUUAUGCAAAAAGCUCUUUGGGAUAGAAGGUUAUGUCUUUGGCUACUUGAUGCUGCUAAUGUUCCAACUCCACGUAGAUUAGAAAUCUCAAGAGAUGGUGGUCCAAGAGUUGAUGAUGAAUUGAAACAGAAAUUGAAAGAAAAAGGAGUCAUUAUUGAUAGAAUCGAUGAACCAGAAUGGAAGAUGAUUGAUGAGGAUACAAUUUGGGUUAAUGGUCAAACAAUGAAAAAGCCAUUUGUUGAAAAACCUGUUGAUGGUGAAGAUCAUAAUGUGUACAUCUAUUAUGCAAAGAAAGAUGGUGGUGGUGGUAGAAAACUUUUUAGAAAAGUUGGUAACAAAUCUUCAGAAUUUGAUCCUAAUCUAACAAACCCAAGAAUAGCAGGGUCUUAUGUUUAUGAACAGUUUAUGGAUACUGAUAACUUUGAAGAUGUCAAAGCUUAUACUGUUGGUCCAGAAUUUUGUCAUGCCGAAACAAGAAAAUCACCAGUUGUUGACGGUAUUGUUAGAAGAAAUACACAUGGUAAAGAAAUCAGAUACAUCACACCAUUAUCUGACGAAGAAAAAACAAUGGCUAAAGCUGUUUCUAAAGGUUUCGGACAAACUAUUUGUGGGUUUGAUUUACUGAGGGUUGGAGGUCAUAGUUAUGUUAUUGAUGUUAAUGGAUUUUCAUUUGUUAAAGAUAAUAUGGCCUAUUAUGACAAUUGUGCUAAAAUCUUGCGUGACAUGUUUUACGAAGCUAAAAAGAUCAGAGAUGUUAGUAAAUUGGCUACACCAUCAGCUCCACAGGAGGAAAAAUCACAAAAAUGGGUCUUGAAAGGUCUGGUUUCAGUUAUUCGUCAUGCUGAUCGUACACCAAAGCAAAAAUUUAAAUAUUCAUUCAAAUCUGAAAUAUUUUUAUCGUUGUUGAAAGGUCACAAGGAGGAAGUUAUCAUCAGAGAAGUUUCAGAUUUACAAAUUGUUUUGAAAGCCAUCAAAAUUGCUCAAGAACAAAAAAUCGAAGAUGCAAGCAAAUUAGAUCUAUUGGCUAAUGCUUUAGAGAAGAAAUUACAUUUCCCAGGUACCAAAAUUCAACUAAAACCAGUUUUGAAAUCUGAAAAUGAAGUUGAAAAAGUUCAAUUCAUUUUGAAAUGGGGUGGUGAAGCCACACAUUCAGCUCAAUACCAAGCUAGUGAUUUGGGUGAACAAUCAAGACAAGAUAUGGGAUUGUUAAACAAGGAAUUGCUAAACAACGUUCAAGUUUUCUCAUCAUCUGAAAGAAGAGUUCUUGUCACUGCCAACUUGUGGGCUAAUGCUUUAUUGGAUGGCCCUAUUGAUGAUGGUUUUAUCAACAUCAGAAAAGAUUUGUUAGAUGAUAGUAACGCUGCUAAGGACUUGAUGGAUAAGGUUAAAAAGAAGUUGAAACCACUUUUGAGAGAAGGAAAAGAAGCCCCAUCACAAUUUACAUGGCCUCAAAAAAUGCCAGAACCCUACAUUGUUAUUAAAAGAGUUGUUGAGUUAAUGAAUUAUCACCAAAAGAUUAUGGAAUACAAUGUCACACAUGGUAACUUUGAAAAAUUACAGACAAAAUGGUGUUCUGGUGAAGACCCAGAAUUAUUUGUUGAAAGAUGGAAUAAAUUAUUCAAGGAAUUCAUCACUGUGGAAAAAGUUGACCCAUCAAAGAUUUCAGAGUUGUAUGAUACGAUGAAAUUUGAUGCUCUACACAAUAGAGAAUUUUUGGAAAAAAUCUUUCAACCAGUUUCUGAGGUGGAAAGACCAUCUGAUUCAUUAUUAAUUGAUGAAUAUCCAGAACACUUGAAAUUAUUUGUUAAAAACAAUAAUUUACCAAAUGCUCCACCACAUACACAUUCAUUCUUAUUUAAUGAACAAAUCUUCAAAUACCUAAGAGAAUUAUACAAACUUUCACAAGUCUUGUUUGAUUUCAUUUGUCCACAAGAAUAUGGUAUUACACAAAAUGAAAAAUUGGAGAUUGGUUUAUUAACUUCAGUUCCAUUAGGUAAAAAGAUUAUUUCUGAUUUGAAUGAAAUGAUUGUUAAUGAUAAACCAGGAUGUGUCACAUAUUUCACCAAGGAAUCACACAUGUACACAUUAUUGAAUAUCCUUUACGAAAGUAACAUUCAGUUUUACAUCAAUAGAAAUGAUUUACCAGAGUUGGAUUAUUUAUCUCAAAUUAUUUUUGAACUUUAUGAGGAUACUUCAGGUAAGAAUCAUUCCAUUAGAUUCAAACUUUCACCAGGUUGUCAUACACAAGAUCCAUUAGAUGUUGAACUUGAUGAUAAACAUUAUAUUUCGUGUAUUCCAAAGAUUAGUUUGACUAAACAUUUAGAUUUUGAUUUGGUUUCUCAAAGAUUGAAAUCAAAAUUCAAGAAAGUUAACCUACCAAAGAAAUUCACAGCUGUUAACAUUUCAAGUCCUCUAUCUGAUCCUAAAUAA